AUGGCAAAAACAAAAACUCGACCUCGACAGCCACCUACACCCGUCGUCACUCCUCCGGAAAAAAAGUAUAGUGUCAGUCGACCGGUGAAACCUAAAUCCGAAAAACCAGAGAAAAGUUGGCUGCUCAUUUUGAUCGAGGCUUUCAAGCACGAUUACGAAACUACAUUGACCUAUAAGGAAACGGAAUUAUUCGAAUGGAUAGUUAAAGCAUACCCUUAUUACGCUUCCCAAAAUCCAGAAUUCUGGCAUUCAAAUGUCAAACGGACAUUAAAUAAUUACGAGGUUAGUUCUUUCUCCUUUGAUUUCAAUUUGAAAUUAUUCUGA